ACACAGGGAAAUCUAGAGCAAACCUCAGUUAACAAUAUUCCAACUUCAGAAGCAACCCCUGGAACAUUAGCCAAGCCAAUAUCUACAGGCUAUUCCACGACACAACUGUCAACAAAUGGAUCCUCAACCAGCAAAAGUGUCACAGAUCCAACCCGAUAUUCUGAAUCAAUGGCUACAACUGAUCCACUAAGCAAUGAACCAUUCAUUACAAUAUCCACUAUAGCAACUACAGACUCUUCAUUCACAUUCACUGAUGUGUCUUCUACAACAACGGAUACUGAUAAUAAUCAUAACCCAUCUUCAGGGAUAAAUUCUACUGCUACAGCAUCACAGCAGCAUAUGUCUGUAAACAAUACUCAGGUCUCCAUCACCUAUAGUACCAAAAGUCUGAUGAAUUCCACAGAAUCACUAGACACCAAGAAAGCUGUGAUGGCAUCAACUUCACUACCAGGAAACGCAUCUAUGAAUGAACGUCUUGCCUCUAUCAGUACUACAGAUAGUCCCACUUUCCCAACAAUCACCUCAAGUGAUCUUCUCAACACUGGUUAGCAACACAACUGAUGUAAACACGUCUACAUCAAAUAAUGUGACAAAACCCAUUUCAGCUACCACCACCACUGAACAAACCAGAGUAAGCAAUAUUCCUACUUCUAAAACAACCACUGAAACAUUAACCACGCCAAGAGCUACAAGCUACUCUACAGAAUACCUGUCAACUGCUGCCCAAGAACCAACAACUGGAAUGAAUUCUGCAGGCAACACUAAAAGCAUAAAUCCUAAAACAACUAGUGAAGACAUAUCGACUACAUUUGAAACACAUAGUGUGACCUCUGAGCCUUUUAAGACAACUCAUGUGGAUAAAGACAAUACUACUCCCAUCCUCAAUAACAACACACAGGGAAAUCUAGAGCAAACCUCAGUUAACAAUAUUCCCACUUCAGAUGCAACCCCUGGAACAUUAGCCAAGCCAAUAUCUACAGGCUAUUCCACGACACAACUGUCAACAAAUGGAUCCUCAACCAACAAAGGUGUCACAGAACCAACCCCAUAUUCUGAAUCAACGGCUACAACUGAUCCACUAGGCAAUGAACCAUUCAUUACAAUAUCCACUUUAGCAACUACAGACUCUUCAUCCACAUCCACUGAUGUGUCUUCUACAACAACGGAUGCUGCUAAUAAUCAUAACCCAUCUUCAGGGAUAAAUUCUACUGCUACAACAUCACAUUUGCUUGAGUCAGCAAACAAUACUCGAGUCUCCAACACCAAUAAUCCCAAUAGUCUAACGGUUCCCACAGAUACACCAUACAUCAAGACAACUGUGAUGGCACCAACUUCACUACCAAGAAACGCAUCUAUGAAUGAAAUUCUUGCAUCUAUCAGUACUACAGAUAGUCCCACUUACCCAACAAUCACCUCAAGUGAUCUUCUCAACACUGGUAGCAACACAACUGAUGUAAACACGUCUACACCAAAUAAUGUGACAAAAUCCAUUUCAGCUACCACCACCACUGAACAAACCAGAGUAAGCAAUAUUCCUACUUCUGAAACAUUAACCACGCCAAGAGCUACAAGCUACUCUACAGCACACCUGUCAACUGCUGCCCAAGAACCAACAACUGGAAUGAAUUCUGCAGCCAACACUAAAAGCAUAAAUCCUAAAACAACUAGUGAAGACAUAUCGACUACAUUUGAAACACAUAGUGUGACCUCUGAGCCUUUUAAGACAACUCAUGUGGAUAAAGACAAUACUACUCCCAUCCUCAAUAACAACACACAGGCAAAUCUAGAGCAAACCUCAGUUAACAAUAUUCCCACUUCAGAUGCAACCCCUGGAACAUUAGCCAAGCCAAUAUCUACAGGCUAUUCCACGACACAACUGUCAACAAAUGGAUCCUCAACCAACAAAGGUGUCACAGAACCAACCCCAUAUUCUGAAUCAAUGGCUACAACUGAUCCACUAGGCAAUGAACCAUUCAUUACAAUAUCCACUUUAGCAACUACAGACUCUUCAUCAACAUCCACUGAUGUGUCUCCUACAACAACGGAUACUGCUAAUAAUCAUAACCCAUCUUCAGGGAUAAAUUCUACUGCUACAAUGACAUCUAAAACAACGUCCAGCCCAGUUGCCAACUCUCUCCAAACUGAGGAAGCAGUUUCAAGACAAGCUGACUCCAACCCCAAACCUAUGGACACAUCCACAAUUUUUCCAACCACUCAAGAAAGCCAGACAACAUACAACAGCCCCUUAGACUCAUCUUCUAUGUCUCCAUCAUCUGCUCUCACAACUGUAAGAAAAGACUCCAAUUCAGUCCUUGUGUCCACCCCGUCAACAUUUGGGACAUCCACGUACAUUCAAACAGGGCUAGAUAAUGUUGAUUCAAAAGGAACAACAACCACAGACACCCUCGCAAACAACAAGGUACCUUCAACACCAACGGGUCAAACAAACUCGACAUCAUCCGGCAACACCGCUGGAGACGGAAACAUUGAUAUGUCUGUAAAGUCGGAAAGGGGCGUCAUUGUGUUUUUCCUAAACGAACCCAAUGUGCCUGAGUUUAAAACGAUCACCUUUAAUCACCCACUGGUACAACAAGCCACCAUUAUGACAACAGAUUCAAGUCCUUGAAGUGCUCUUGAC